AUGGUCACAGAACCAGGAAGCAGGCUGACGAGAAACGAUAGCGGAACCAAUCAGAUCGUAGGAGCAGGACACCCAGGCUUCCGGCCUAAAGAACGUCAACACAACUCUGAAAGACGAAGAGGAGAAUCUACAGUAAACACGUUUUUUUGUCGUUUAACCCACUGCGGCGGUGUCAAUAUUGAGGACUUGGCAAUAAACCAAAGAUGA